GGAGGAUACAUCCAUGCCGAGUGUACAGAGAGAGCCAGAUCCACGUCAGAUACAGUGGAGGGAAGCAGUUCAGCUUGUAGGACUGAGAAAUAAGCUUUUCAGCUUCUUUCAGCUGUCCCUCCCUCCCAGCACAAAUAUAAGCAUAUGCAUACUCCCAGUUUCCCUGCCUGACACACACACAUACACACACACACAGUUGCUGUAGGGUAUACCAGUCGGCUCUGGCAGUCUUCUCCUUUGUUGUUUUUGCUAUUGGUUGGUCUGAGCGGCAGCACGGCGCGCGCCUCCAUCAUCACCGGGGUGGUGUGUGUGUGUGUGUGUGUGUGUGUGUGUGUGUGUGAGGAGUCUGAGAGGCGGCGCGUGAAGGAUGCCACUGGCUGUACCUGGAAAAUGAGUGUGGAGGAGACGUGGUGAGCCGGUUCCUCUCCAGCUGAACGUCAGUGCGUCACGGUGGCAGAAGAAGUCGGAGCCAAAGAGCUGUCUGAAGUCCAGAACAUUUCAGAUGGAGGUGGAUGCAGACGAUAAGCGCCAUCGCACACGCUCCAAAGUGCCUGUGGAUCCAGCGUUAACAGAGCUAUUCAGUGUGUACGGCUGCCCACUGGCCAAAAAGAGGAAGAGUCUAGACAGACAAACCCUAGAAACGUCGCCCAAGAGGAGCACCUACCUUGAUGACAUGGACAAUUCCACGAUGGAGGAGUGCUAUGAGACUGACGGGACGGAGGAGAUGGAUGACAGGGAGGAAGAGGAAGAGGAGGGAGCCAUAGAGGAGGAGGGGGAAGUGGAGGAGGAAGAGGAAGAUGUGGAAGGCUACAUGGACUAUAAUGUGGAGCAAAUGGAGCAGGAAGACGGCGAGGAGGAGGACAGAGGAGAUGGAGAAGAAGAGGAGGAGGAGGUGGAGGUGGAGCAGGAGGAAGAGGAGGAAGGUGAUGAAGUGAGGGUGGAGGAGGCAGAGGAGGAGGAGGAGGCAAUAGAGGAUGUGGACUAUGACGAGGGGGAGGAGGAGGAGGAGGAGGAAGGAGAGCAUAAUCAAGGGCAAGAGGACGAUCAGAUGAGCACUGGCGAGGGGGGCGAGGAGAACAGUGGCAGAGGAGGCGGCGAUGGCAGCGGAAAGUCUGGCCCCGUGGCGGAGAAGGACGACAACAACAACGACGAGUACGAAAACUACGACGAGCUCGUGGCCAAGUCCCUCCUAAACCUGGGCAAGAUCGCUGAGGACGCCGCCAACCGCGCCAUGACCGAGUCCGAGAUGAACAGCAACUCGUCCAACAGCGCGGAGGAUGAGGAGGAAGACGAGGAGGAAGACGAGGAAGAGGAUGAUGAAGAAGAAGAGGAGGAGGAGGAGGAGGAAGAGGAGGAGGAUGACGAAGGAGACGAAAGGCAGCGGGAAGAUCUGACUUUGGACGUCGACAGCGAUGUGGUUCGGGAAACAGUGGACUCCCUUAAACUGCUGGCACAGGGUCACGGUGCUGUUCUGUCUGACAGCUUAGAUGGGCAGGAGUUUCCAAACAGUACAGUUGGGAUUGGGGAUGAGACUGGCUGCUCCCACAAUGGGGGCAACACACACAAUGGUGGCAAUGGACAAAUUAGGACCACCAGUAAUGGACAAAUAGAAAACAGUGACGAGGAAGUCUGUCUAAGCAGUCUGGAGUGCCUAAGGAACCAAUGCUUUGAUUUGGCUCGGAAACUAAGUGAAACAAAGCCCAUCGAUCGAAACGGACCAUCCCAGCAAAAUCAUUUCUCAUGCGGGGACCCCAAUCAGCAGCCCCAGCAUCACGGUUAUGGAGAUUUUCACAAUAGUCAAGAUGACAGGCGGACACUUGACAGGAACUAUUCCGACAUGGACAAUCUCAUGAAGCUUGAGGAGCAGCUGAGCCCACGCUCCAAGGCCUUCUCUAGUUGUAUACACGACGAACGGUAUCACACCAACAGCCACAGAGAUUUCGAUGAAGACACAGCCUCGGUGACAUCGGACCGAUCGGAGGAGGUGUUUGACAUGACGAAGGGAAACCUGUCUCUGCUGGAGAAAGCAAUUGCACUAGAGUCAGAACGCGCCAAGGCAAUGAGGGAUAAAAUGGCAGCUGAGGCAGCGAGAAGAGAGGGAGUGAGGUACACCCACGACGACCAYGGCCCACGGCAUGGCUACGGUGUUGAACGUAAAGCCCGGCUUCCUGAUGGUAUGAAGAAGCCUUUCUUCCAUAAAGAUGCUUCACGUGCAGACAAGAAGGAAAGCAGGUGUCCGACGCCCGGCUGUGACGGCACGGGUCACGUGACGGGCCUGUACCCCCACCAUCGCAGCCUGUCUGGUUGUCCCCACAAAGACAGGGUGCCACCAGAAAUUGUGGCAAUGUAUGAGAAUGUUCUUAAGUGUCCUACACCUGGCUGCACGGGACGUGGCCAUGUCAAUAGCAACAGAAACUCUCACAGAAGUCUAUCAGGAUGUCCAAUCGCUGCAGCCGAGAAGCUGGCGAAAGCCCAGGAGAAACAUCAGAGCUGCGCCGGCCCCAAGUCUAACCAGGCGUCUGACAGAAUCUUAAGGCCUAUGUGCUUUGUCAAACAACUGGACUAUCCACAGUAUGGUUACAAGAACAAUGUUUCCACCAGCACGCCCCGCUCCAACCUGGCCAAGGAACUGGAGAAGUACUCCAAGACCAGCUUCGACUACAGCGCCUUUGAUGGCAGCAACAACCACCAGGUGUAUGGGAAGAGGGCCAUUGCACCCAAAGUUCACGGGCAAAGGGACACCUCCCCGAAAGGAUAUGAUGCCAAACGAUACUGCAAGAACUCCAGCUCRGCCAGCAGCACCACCAGCACCUACGCCCCCAGCAGCAGCAACAGCAGCCUGAGCUGUGGAGGCGGCGGAGGGGGCGCGGGAGGAGGCGGGGGUGGCGGGGGCAGCAGCGCCAGCAGCACAUGCAGCAAGAGCAGCUUUGACUACAGCCACGAUAUGGAGGCCGCCCACAUGGCGGCAACCGCCAUCCUCAACCUCUCCACGCGCUGCCGAGAGAUGCCCCACGGGAUGGGGGGGAAGCCCCCGGACCUGUGCUCGCAGCAUGAUGAUCUGGAUCCUUUCCACGACCUGCUGGAGGAUCGCUACGCAGACGUUAACAUGCCCAGCCCCAAGCCCAAGUACGCCCAGUGCAAGGAGAGUAAAAAGGACCUGAUAACAUGUCCCACACCGGGGUGUGACGGAAGUGGUCACUUGACGAGCAAUUUCGCCUCACAUCGAAGUCUCUCAGGUUGUCCUUUAGCUGACAAAAGCAUUCGAAGUAUGCUGGCCAACAACGCCCAAGAGCUCAAGUGCCCGACACCAGGCUGCGAUGGUUCAGGACAUAUCACCGGCAACUACGCCUCACAUAGAAGUCUUUCGGGGUGUCCUCGGGCCAGGAAAAGUGGGAUAAAGAUCAUCCACAGUAAAGAAAAUAAGGAGGACCAGGAGCCCAUCAGGUGUCCUGUUCCGGGUUGUGACGGUCAGGGACAUGUGACGGGGAAAUAUGCAUCUCACAGAAGUGCAUCGGGAUGCCCGAUAGCAGCCAAGAGACAAAAAGACGGCUAUCUAAAUGGCAUUCAGUUCACAUGGAAGUCUGGAAAGACAGAGGGCAUGUCCUGCCCCACCCCAGGCUGUGAUGGCUCGGGGCACGUCAGUGGUAGUUUCCUGACACAUCGAAGUCUAUCAGGUUGUCCACGYGCCACCUCCGCCAUGAGGAAAGCCAGGCUCUCAGGAGUGGAAAUGCUAACAAUAAAGCAGCAACGUGCCAGCAAUGGGCUGGAGCACGAAGAGGAGAUCAAACAGCUGGAUGAAGAAAUCAAAGAUUUAAGUGAAUCAAAUUCACAAGUGGAGACAGACAUGAUCAAACUUAGAACACAGAUCACAACAAUGGAGUCCAACUUGAAGUCCAUAGAGGAGGAAAACAAGGUGAUUGAACAGCAAAAUGACUCUCUGCUGCAUGAGCUGGCCAACCUCAGCCAGUCACUGAUUAACAGUUUAGCUAAUGUCCAGCUCCCUCAUAUGAAACCGCUGGCAGACAAAGAGCUUCCUCUGAGGAAUAACAGCUGCUUACAAAUGCACCAGCAA